AGAAUUUAGGAUACAUAAAAACUAUGUAACCUUACAUCUAUUUUACCAAUGUAAUUAUGUCGGAUUGUUAAAAAUGUUCUUUUAGAAAAGUGGACAUGUGCAUGUAUAUAAGUAGUUUUUCAUUUUUUUUGUUUUCCUUCAAAUAUUCGUAAAAUCAGGGAUGUUUUUCUUCACCACAUUAUAUGAAAAUUAUGAGGAAGAUUUAUUUGUUAAACAAUUUAAGUACAGGAAAAUGGAAAGAAUUAAUUAUAUUGAAAUUGAGGAAAAAAUAUAACAAAUCUUAUCCAUGUAUGUGGAAAAUAUUAAAUGAUACAUUAGUAAGUGAAAGUUGAUCUUUGUAAAGUUUGAUCAUUGUUGAAGGAAUUAGUUCCAGAGUGGACAGAUUUUGUUGAUGGUAAGAUCGGAAAAAUGACAGGGGUAACGACGAGAUCGAAGACCAGACACCAGAACGGAAAUGGAACUGCGCAUGUCAAUGAUGUAAAGAGAAAUGGUGACGCAAAUCAUGGAUGUGAUGUCAUAUCAAACGGUUUUAACAGCUACAAGGAAAGUUAUGAAACUAUUGGAAAGUCGGAAGCUGGAAAAACGUUUCGUCAUUUCUUAAACAAAAUAUUCUUUCCGCUAUGUCUAGUAUCAUUGACGCCACACAUUGUCAUACUGUACUGGUAUACCAACGCACACUGUAACGGAAGUUACACAGAAAUGUUAAACAAAUUACGUGAUGGGUCUGUAUUAUUCAAUCUUUUCCAAAUAUGGAGUAGAAUAAGCAUAAUAAACCGUUUUACGGUGAGCGUUGUCUUUGGAUAUUUCGCUUGGGCUGUCUUUUGGAUGCGUGUUCUACCUGGGAAGAGAGUAAUGGGUCCAGUGACACCAAACGGUAACGUUCCAGUCUAUAUUGACAAUGGAUUUUCGCACUAUAUAGUAACAAUGAUUGGGUUUUGUGUGCUAACAGUUGGACUUAAAAUGUAUGGCAUGACACCGACUGUUGUCUAUGACCGCUUCGGGGAACUUCUGGCAUUUAUGAACAUUUUUGCAUUGAUGUUUGUUCUUAUCCUGUACUUCAAAGGCGUGUUUGCGCCAUCAUCUACGGACAGUGGCAGAACUGAUGGCGGUUUUAUCUUUGAUUAUUAUUGGGGAACAGAACUAUACCCUCGGAUAUUUGGAGUAGAUGUGAAAGUCUUUACAAAUUGUCGCUUUGGUAUGACUGUAUGGCCGUUAUUAGUGUGUAUAUACGCCCUGAAAAGCUACGAACUUUACGGAUUUGUGGACAGCAUGUUUGUAACAACUGUCCUACAACUUGCAUAUAUUACCAAGUUUUUCACGUGGGAAGCGGGCUAUAUGCAAACAAUUGAUAUUAUCCUAGACAGAGCCGGGUUCUAUAUAUGUUGGGGAUGCUUAUGCUGGCUUCCAGCUUUAUAUCCUAUAGUGAGCCAGUAUCUAGUGAGUCAUCCAGUGAAACUGGGACCAGUCUGGGCUUCCGUAGUUUUGUGUCUUGGACUGGUAUCUGUCCUUGUCAACUAUCUUGCUGAUUUACAGCGCCAGGUUGUCCGAAAAGCAGAUGGCAACUGUUUGGUAUGGGGGAAAAGGCCUGACAUUAUAAGAGCUAAAUACACCAUUGAAAGUGGAGAAGAAAGAGAAAGCAUUUUGUUAGCCUCGGGUUGGUGGGGAUUAUCAAGACAUUUUCAUUAUAUCCCAGAAAUCCUUCUGUCCUUCUUCUGGACUUUGCCAACGGGGUUUGUGCAUUUACUGCCAUACACAUAUGUGCUUGUUUUAGUAGUCCUUCUUACUCAUCGGAGUUUUAGGGAUGAAAAUAAGUGCUCUAGAAAAUACGGGAAAUACUGGCAGGAGUAUUGUGCGAAAGUUAAGCACAGAAUAGUGCCAUUUCUGUUUUGAAGUAGUUAACUUUAAGGAAAAGGAAAUUUUGUAAAACUUGUAUUUGAAAUGUACUGGAAAGACUCGAUAGAAUCAAACAGGCUGGAAGCAUUAUUACAAAGGUAUUAUUAAGUUAUAAUGUAUCAUAAAUAACUUUGACAAACGAAUGUGUAAUUCAUUAAGUAAUACAAUCCAGAUAGCCUGGUUGAACUUUCGUAAACGGAAUAUUAAAUAUAACUCACGAGAAUAGUUGAAUUCUUUGAAAAAUAACCAUGGCAAAUACUCAUGCAGACGAAAUACUCAUAAUUUUGUCUGCGAUCACAGACAGCCGCUGUCUCCGACGGACAUCUACAUCAAUAUGGUAUAUAACAACUCUUUGCGUCCCCUAUACGAAGAUGAUAUUAGUAAUUACAUACUAUGUUUUAAAGUCGUCAAACAUGAAAGUUACCGAGAUAUCCUUCAUUAUCCAGUUACAGCGCAGAAGCGGAAGUCACAUACCUUUUAAUACUUCCGGUAGGUUAUCUUCUGUAACCCGUACCAUACCGUACGUAAACCAACUGUUCGUUUCUUUUGCACGAAGAUGACAACACUAUGAUUAACCAUCAUUGUGAAGUGUAGGAAGGAAUAUAUGCCAGAAAACUCUAUGCAAGUUCAGGUUCAUUACAAAAAUGAUAAAUUAUAGAGAGAAGUAACAGCGGAAACAGCUUAAUUAACAUUUUAUAUCCAAGAAAGAGAGCAUUUUGGUUUUUAAAAUUAUUAUCUUGAAAUGGCGUCUACGAACACACUUUUGACAGAGAAUACAACCAAAAAGGCAAUAUUUGUAUGCAUUAUGGAAAUUUAUUCAGCAUUUGCUUUGUAUGUUAGUGUUUAUUAAUUUAUUAUAUUGCCAGAUUAACACAACUGUGCAAUUUGUUUCUAGUUUUUGAGACAUUUCCUCUGUUCUGAUAUCAUUCUUAUUAGUUUUCCUAAAUUAACUACAGGCACUGCGCAGUGCUUAGAUUUCAUCCAAAGGAUAGCUAAAAUUACCUUUUGAAUUGAUUGAUUACCUUGAGACAGAAUCAACAGUCAUAAAAUAAAUUGAUCAGUCAGUGGUGGGCCAAUCAAAUAUCAGUAUAUUGAAUGAAUGAAUGAUUGAUUGAUGAUUGAUUGAUCAAUUAAUUGAUUCUUGUUCUUUAGUGUUGAGAACAGGAUUAUGCAAAUACAUGUACUUGAUUAUUUUGUCAAUGGCUGUCAGUCUAUCACUUAAAUAUUAGUAAAUAUUUUAAAUUAGAAUCUAACUAUGUUUAGAAACAAAUUUCACAAUUAACAUGGAAUAUUAUUGCCAGAUAAAUUGGCUGAUUAUCCUUCUGCGCCUUAUUUUUUUUUCAAAGACUAAACUGAGAGCAGUGGCUUAGUGGUUAAGGUGUCUGCCACUUAACCCAAUUAUCAAUGGUUCGAGCCCUCGUCGGGUCACGGCUUUGUUUCUUAAUAUAACAUCAGUACUGGUUAGUUCCAGGAAGCGGACUCGAAAGUGAUUAAUAGCUGCAAGAGCUUGUUUCGCAAUCGAGCUUAAAUAAAUAUGUUUUAAACCAAAGACUAAACUGUAAAUCCUAUCUUUUUUCUCCUGUUUUGUAAAAGUCAUUGUUUUUAUGUAGUAAAACUUUAUUUGUAUGUUAAUGCCUGAGUCUUGCCGUUGCCAAUUGUGUUUUAACAUUGUAUAUUUAUUAUUUUAGAAAUUAAAGUAAAGAGAUAUUUUCAUGUA